UCAUAUUCUGAACCAAAAAAACACAUUCAGGUAUUCAUUCAUUCUAGGGCGGCGCUUAUCAUCUCAUCUGAAGUCAGUCAGUCAGUCAGUCAGUCAGUCCUACUCGAUGGUGAGGCUCACUGCAGACUUGAUCUGGAAAAGCCCUCAUUUCUUCAAUGCCAUUAAAGAGCGCGAGUUGGAUCUUCGUGGCAACAAGAUUGCUGUAAUUGAAAACUUAGGCGCCACAGAGGACCAAUUUGAUACCCUAGAUUUGUCUGAUAAUGAGAUUGUCAAACUGGAAAACAUACCAUAUCUUAAUCGAUUGGGUACACUACUCAUAAAUAACAAUAGAGUUACCAGAAUUAAUCCCAACAUUGGAGAGUUUUUACCGAAUUUACACACGCUUGUUCUCACAAACAACAGAAUUGUAAACCUAGUUGAAAUAGAUCCUUUAGCUUCCCUUCCAAAGCUUCAGUUUCUUAGUCUGCUAGACAACAAUAUUACAAAGAAACCUAAUUACAGGCUUUAUGUUAUUAGCAAGCUCGACUCGCUCCGUGUUUUGGAUUUCAAGAAAGUCAAAAAUAAGGAACGGUUGGAGGCCAAAAACUUGUUUGGUUCAGAGGAAGCUAUAGAAAAUGCUCAAAAGACACCAGUGAAAACGAUUUCACCUGCUGAAACUCCUGAUGUUUCAGAAGCUACGGAGGAACAACAGACACCCAAAGUGGUUGCUCCCACACCGGAGCAAAUUAUUGCUAUUAAGGCUGCUAUCGUGAAUUCACAGACCCUUGAAGAGGUUGCUAGACUUGAAAAGGCACUGAAGUCUGGUCUACUCCCUGAAGAUUUAAAAAGCUUGAAUGGCAAUGUAACGUUGGAUAAUGUUAAUGAAAAAGGUGAAGAUGUGGUUCAUGAUGAAUCUAAUGAUACACGAGAGCAGAAAAAUACUGAUUCUGCUGCAAUGGAACAGGAUUAAGUGAAGAUAUUGGCUGUCCCGGCACUCUUCACUCCACUUCAAUGUUGAUUUCUGGAGUCAAAAUCUUUGUAACUUUCCAUGAAAUGUACUGGAGGUUUCAAUUUCCCUCAUGGUGAUUGCCUGCUUUAGCGCUUAAUGUGUUGAAUUUGAUUGCCUUUACAUUUCAUGUAUCAUUGGGGCAUUUUUGCCCCUAGCCAUGUGAAUUUCUGGUUUAAGACAAGUAAUUUUUUUUGUAAUCUUUUGAGUAGAUGACGAUGUGAGCUGAAAGCCUGAAACAUCAUUUUAAUUAGAUUUAAAUCAUGUACCAUAUUGUUAUUUA